AUGGUUAUUUAUCAAUUACAUUUGGGUCGUACACCUUUACAUAUUGCAGUGGUUCAUUCACAACGAAUUAUUAUUCGUGCUUUAAUUGAUGAUUUCAAAGCUGAUUCAUCUUUAAUGGAUUUCUCUGGUUACUUUCCAUAUAUGUUACUUGAAGAUAAUUUAAAAGCUGAAUAUGAACCUUUGCUUACAUAUGGUCGACUUCAACGAAUUCGAACUGCACUAAAAGUUUUCAAAUCACCAGCUAAUAAUACUCACGACUCUUCUUCUUCUACUAGCGCUAAAGAUUAUUCUUCUUUUAAUAAAAAACCCAUUCAACAUUUGGAUCAUUCCAUGAAUGAUUUUAAACAACCCACUGUGCUCUAUAGACGUUUAGAGAAUUUUAAACGACCACAACCGAAUUGCUUCAAUCGUACAUCCACAUUGAAACCAAUUCAUCAAAAUGGUGAACAUAAUUGUUUACGUCGUGCAUCUGUAUUUGAAAAUAUUUUAAAAUCAGCAGCUGAUGCUGCACAAAAUUGGAAUCAUCAUUCAUCAACCGGGAAAUUAUCAACAGAAUCUAAUGAAGAACAAAUUAAAAAUAAUGAUAAGGUUAACAACACUGAUAAACCGUCUAAUUCUUCUUCUUCUCCUUCUUCUUCCUCUUCUACUGCUUCUUCGGCCACGACGUCGACGACAGCGACCACGGUGACAACUGAUCCACAUACACGUUUAGUACAACGUUUAGAUUCAAUGAUUUCAUUAAGACGUCGUGAUCAACAAAACACAUUGUCUAAUUUUACUAAUACUAAUCAUACUACUACUACUACUGCUACUAGUAAUGAUAUCGGUUCAUCAUAUGAUUCGUCGACUUCCCUAGAUCAUGAGGAUGUUCAUGGUCAUCAUUAUCGAAAAGUAAAUACACUGUUAGAUCAUCGAUUUGGUUUUUCUUUAGGAGGAAAUCAUAAUUCAAAACAUCUACCUCAAUCAACAGAUCCAUAUACUUUGAAAUUAUUAUUAUCUUUACUACCACCGCCACCACCAACAUCUUCAACAUCAUCCUCAUCAUCGACAUCAUGUCUAAAACGCGUUGAUAGUCAUAAUGAUCAUGAUGAUGAUAUUAAAUCAAAGAAGCACCAUACAUCAUUUUCAUCAUUUCAUAAACAUUUAAACAAAAAAUUACAUCGUUCAUUGUCCAAUUCCUCGUCAACUGCUACAUCAUCUUUAUCACUGUCAUCAUCCUCUACAAGAACUCAUAUUAAACCUAGUUCAUUUAAGUAUAAUCACAGUAAUAAUACUCAUAAUAAUAUUAAUACUAUUAAUACUAAUGGUACAUUGCAUGAAUUCCACUCAUUACCACAUCGAAUACAUUCUUCAACUACUAAUGAAUUUGACAAUGAUCAUGUCAUCAACCAUGAUGCCUAUCAUUCACCUCAUCUUAAAUCAUUAUCAACUACAGCUUUAUUAGCUGAAACAGAUGUACGUCAAUUAUUCACUAAUAAACUUACUACUAUAAUUAAACGUAAAUCAUCAACUAUUAGUCAACAUUCUAAUUUAUCAUAAUGAUUGAUUGAUCGAUUGAUCGAUUGAUUUGUAAUCUGUCUGUCUGGCUGUCUCUCUCUCGCUCUUUCUUACACACACAGACACACAGAGAAAAUCUGAAAUCACAUUAAUCAUCAUCCUUCUCGGGCUCGCCGCUUGAUUUGAAUCUCAUUGGUUUAUUUUAAUUCUAUUGCUAAACUGUUGUAUAUGAUUCUGUCACAUUUGCAUCUACUUCAUUCUGAUAAUCAUGUCUUUUCAUAUUCAAUGUUACUUAUCCGCAUAGAUUUUAUUAUUAUGAUUAUUAUUACUAAUAUUAUUAUUUUGUUAGAAAUUCAAGAAUUCAUCCUUCUUUUGGUUUUUUUUCUUGUUGAAAUGCG